CAAAAAUUAAGCAGCUGAAAACAGAAUUAAACAACAGUCAUCAUGAAGUAUCUCGUGAUUGUUGCCAUAUUCUUCGUCUCUGCACAAGCAAUUGACCCCAAAUUAGUCUCAGAAUUUAUGGAAAAACUUGCCAACUUUGGAGAAAAAUGUAUGAUAGAGACCAAAACAACAAGUGAGGAUGUUGCCCGUAUCAUGGCACAUCAACUUCCAGAAACUCAUGAAGGAAAGUGCAUGAUCUCUUGUGUCUACAAAGCAUUCAAAAUCCAAAAUGAAGAUGGAACCAUGAACUCUGACGAAACUUUGAAACUUAUGGAGCAAAUCAAAGACAGCGAUCCAGAAUUGUUCGAAAAAAUGAUGAAAGUGUUCAAAACUUGCCAUGGAAGGCCAGAACUUAUUGUCGUAGAUCCCUGCGUAACAGCUGUCAAUAUGGGGGUAUGUGCAGUGAUUGAAGGAAAAGCGCUUGGCAUCAAAUCCGAAAUGUUUGGAAUGUGAUUUUUUGUUGGAUUCUUAAAUAUGUUUCAACUAGAUGAUCUGUUGUUUGUUUAAAUAAAGCAAUUAUACGUUUUUGGUAUAGUAAA